CGGGGCGGGAGCUGGCGCAGGGAGGAAGCGGAAGAAGGGAGCGAACGAGCGUGGGUCGGGGUCCGGUCUGGCCAUGGACGCGGCGGCGCUAGAGCUGGACGCGGUGAAGUUCGCCCAGCUGGCGGUGCAGCGAGACCAAGGCGGCCGCUACCAGGAGGCGGCCUUUUACUACAAGGAAGCUGCCCAAGCCUUGAUUUAUGCUGGAAUGGCAGGCUCAAACUUGGAAAAUAUUCAAGAGAAGAUAAAUGAGUACUUGGAGAGAGUUCAAGCUCUGUAUUCAGCAGUUCAAUCACAGAACACCGACCCUCUGAAGUCAAAACAGCAAUUGGACCUGGAGCGUGCCCAUUUCCUGGUUACACAGGCUUUUGAUGAAGAUGACAAAGGCAAUGCAGAGGAAGCUAUAGAAUUGUACACAGAAGCAGUGGAACUCAGUUUGAAAACAGCUAAUGAAACUUCAGAUGCAAUCCUUCAAUCAAAACUCAAACAGCUGGCUAGACAAGCACUGGAUAGAGCGGAGGCACUGAAAGAAUCUAUGUCAAAGUCUUCUCAGAAAGACAGACAAACUGCAGCUAAACCGAAUCAGCCAGUCAGAAUGUUCUUUCCAUUGGGACCUGAUUUUUCCUUGAAUGAUAAGCCACAGACAAUCAGAACAGUGCAAGCUAGUGAAUCUCAAGGCCAGAGAUACACCACAGAGGAGAUUGAAGUGCUCAGAAAGACAUCAAAGAUAAAUGGUAUUGAGUAUGUCCCGUUCAUGAGUGUUGACCUGAGGGAGCGUUUUGCCUUUCCAAUGCCAUUUUCGUAAGUGAACAUCAGUUACUCCA